AGAAGUAGCAGCGCCGGCGUCGGAGGGCGUGCGCGCCAGGGAGUGCCCCGAGCCCGGACGGCGGGCGGCUGCGCGCGGGACCCCGGAGCCGGGACCGGCAGAGGGGGUGUGGCCAGCCUCCGAGUUAGCGCAUCCCUCGCCUGCCCCCGGGGCGGCCGACCAUGAGCGCCAUGAUCAGCGUGGACGCCCUCCCCGAGUACGAGAAGAGUCAGAUCAAGAGGGCCCUGGAGCUGGGCACGGUCAUGACCGUUUUCAGCUUCCGCAAGUCCACCCCGGAGCGGAGGACCGUCCAGGUGAUCAUGGAGACGCGGCAGGUGGCCUGGAGCAAGACGGCGGACAAGAUCGAGGGCUUCCUGGAUAUCAUGGAAAUAAAGGAAAUCCGCCCGGGGAAGAACUCCAAGGACUUCGAGCGUGCGAAAGCCGUCCGCCAGAAGGAAGACUGCUGCUUCACCAUCUUCUACGGCACCCAGUUCGUCCUCAGCACCCUCAGCUUGGCAGCUGACUCUAAAGAAGAUGCGAUGAAAUGGCUCUCUGGCUUGAAAAUCUUACACCAGGAAGUGAUGAGCGCGUCCACACCCACCGUGAUCGAGAGUUGGCUGAGAAAGCAGAUUUAUUCUGUGGAUCAAACCAGAAGAAACAGCAUCAGCCUCCGAGAGCUGAAGGCCAUCCUGCCGCUGGUCAACUUCAAAGCGAGCAGCGCCAAGUUCCUCAAAGACAAGUUUCUGGAAAUUGGCGCACACAAAGAUGAACUCAGCUUUGAGCAGUUCCAUCUCUUCUAUAAAAAACUUAUGUUUGAACAGCAAAAAUCGAUUCUCGACGAAUUCAAAAAGGACUCCUCCGUAUUCAUCUUGGGCAACACUGACCGGCCGGACGCCUCUGCUGUCCACCUGCACGACUUCCAGCGGUUUCUCUUACAUGAGCAGCAGGAACUUUGGGCUCAGGAUCUGAACAAAGUCCGUGAGCGGAUGACCAAGUUUAUCGACGACACCAUGAGGGAAACUGCCGAGCCUUUCUUGUUUGUGGAUGAGUUCCUCACGUACCUGUUUUCCCGGGAGAACAGCAUUUGGGACGAGAAGUACGACGUGGUGGACAUGCAGGACAUGAACAACCCCUUGUCUCAUUACUGGAUCUCCUCGUCCCACAACACGUACCUCACAGGUGACCAGCUGCGGAGCGAGUCGUCCACAGAGGCGUACAUCCGCUGUCUGCGGAUGGGCUGCCGCUGCAUCGAGCUGGACUGCUGGGACGGGCCCGACGGGAAGCCCAUCAUCUACCACGGCUGGACGCGGACCACCAAGAUCAAGUUUGACGAUGUGGUGCAGGCCAUCAAAGACCAUGCCUUCGUCACCUCCAGCUUCCCCGUGAUCCUGUCCAUCGAGGAGCACUGCUGCGUGGAGCAGCAGCGCCACAUGGCCAGGGUGUUCAAGGAGGUGUUUGGGGACCUGCUGCUGACGAAGCCCACGGAGGCCAGUGCCGACCAGCUGCCCUCGCCCAGCCAGCUGCGGGAGAAGAUCAUCAUCAAGCAUAAGAAGCUGGGCCCCCGAGGCGACGUGGAUGUCAACAUGGAGGACAAGAAAGAUGAGCACAAGCAGCAGGGCGAGCUGUACAUGUGGGAUUCCAUCGACCAGAAAUGGACCCGGCACUACUGCGCCAUUGCUGAUGCCAAGCUGUCCUUCAGCGAUGACAUUGAACAGACUGUGGAGGAGGAACCGCCCGUGAACACGCCCCCCACGGAGCUGCAUUUUGGGGAGAAGUGGUUCCACAAGAAGGUGGAGAAGAGGACAAGUGCCGAGAAGCUGCUGCAGGAGUACUGUGCCGAGACAGGGGGCAAGGAUGGGACCUUCUUGGUGCGGGAGAGCGAGACCUACCCCAACGACUACACCCUGUCCUUCUGGCGGUCAGGCCGAGUGCAGCACUGCCGCAUCCGCUCCACCAUGGAGGGCGGGGUCAUGAAGUACUACCUGACUGACAACCUCAUGUUCACCAGCAUCUACGCCCUCAUCCAGCACUACCGCGAGACGCACCUGCGCUGUGCCGAGUUCGAGCUCCGGCUGACCGACCCCGUGCCCAACCCCAACCCGCACGAGUCGAAGCCGUGGUACUAUGACGGGCUGAGCCGCGGAGAAGCGGAGGACAUGCUGAUGAGGGUUCCCCGGGAUGGGGCCUUCCUCAUCCGGAGGCGGGAAGGUACCGACUCCUACGCCAUCACCUUCAGGGCCAGGGGCAAGGUGAAGCACUGCCGAAUCAACCGGGAUGGCCGGCACUUCGUGCUGGGCACCUCCGCCUACUUUGAGAGCCUCGUGGAGCUGGUCAGCUACUACGAGAAGCACGCGCUCUACCGGAAGAUGAGACUGCGCUACCCUGUGACCCCCGAGCUCCUGGAGCGCUACAAUAUGGAAAGAGAUAUCAACUCCCUCUAUGACGUCAGCAGAAUGUAUGUGGAUCCCAGUGAAAUCAACCCUUCCAUGCCUCAGAGAACCGUGAAAGCGCUGUAUGACUACAGAGCCAAGCAAAGCGAUGAGCUGAGCUUCUGCCGUGGCGCCCUCAUCCAUAAUGUCUCCAAGGAGCCGGGGGGCUGGUGGAAAGGAGACUACGGAACCAGAAUCCAGCAGUACUUCCCGUCCAAUUACGUCGAGGACAUUUCAGCCGUUGAUGUGGAGGAGCUGGAGAAGCAGAUUAUUGAAGACAAUCCCUUAGGGUCUCUUUGCAGAGGAAUCCUGGAUCUCAACACCUAUAAUGUGGUGAAAGCCCCCCAGGGGAAAAACCAGAAGCCUUUCGUCUUUAUCUUGGAGCCCAAGAAGCAGGGCGACCCGCCGGUGGAGUUUGCCACGGACAGGGUGGAGGAGCUCUUUGAGUGGUUUCAGAGCAUCCGGGAGAUCACCUGGAAGAUAGACACCAAGGAGAACAACAUGAGGUACUGGGAGAAGAACCAGUCCAUCGCCAUCGAGCUCUCGGACCUGGUCGUCUACUGCAAACCCACCAGCAAGACCAAGGACAACUUAGAAAACCCCGACUUCCGAGAAAUCCGCUCCUUUGUGGAAACGAAGGCUGACAGCGUCACCAGACAGAAACCCAAUGACCUCCUCAAAUACAAUCAAAAGGCUCUGACCCGCAUCUACCCCAAGGGACAGCGGGUUGACUCCUCCAACUACGACCCCUUCCGCCUCUGGCUGUGUGGCUCCCAGAUGGUGGCACUCAAUUUCCAGACCGCAGAUAAGUACAUGCAGAUGAACCACGCUCUGUUUUCCCUCAACGGACGGACGGGUUACGUCCUGCAGCCCGAGAGCAUGAGGGCCGAGAAGUACGACCCCAUGCCGCCCGAGUCGCAGAGGAAGAUCCUGAUGACUCUGACGGUCAAGGUCCUCGGGGCUCGCCAUCUCCCCAAAACUGGCCGAAGUAUUGUGUGUCCCUUUGUGGAGGUGGAAAUAUGCGGAGCCGAGUAUGACAACAACAAAUUCAAAACAACAGUUGUGAAUGACAAUGGCCUAAGCCCUGUUUGGGCUCCAACGCAGGAGAAGGUGACAUUUGAAAUUUAUGACCCCAACCUCGCAUUUCUGCGCUUCGUGGUUUAUGAGGAAGAUAUUUUCAGCGAUCCCAACUUUCUCGCUCACGCCACUUACCCCAUUAAAGGCAUCAAAUCAGGAUACCGAUCUGUUCCUCUGAAGAAUGGGUACAGUGAAGACAUCGAGCUGGCGUCCCUCCUGGUUUUCUGUGAGAUGCGGCCAGUCCUGGAGAGUGAGGAGGAGCUCUACGCCUCCUGCCGCCAGCUGCGGAGGCGCCAGGAGGAGCUCAACAACCAGCUCUUUCUGUACGACACACACCAGAACUUGCGCAACGCCAACCGGGAUGCCCUCGUCCGAGAGUUCAACGUCAACGAGAACCAGCUGCAGCUCUACCAGGAGAAGUGCAACCGCAGGUUGAGAGAGAAGAGGGUCAGCAACAGCAAGUUUUACUCCUAGAAGCCGCGGUGCGUGCGCGCACGGGCGCGUUCACACGUGGGAGCAUGUGUGUGCCCGGGACGGGCUCAUCUGGGACGUCAUCCUCCCCUCAAGCCUGUCACCCAGACGACCUGUCCGAAGAAGACCCAGCUGGCAUGAAUUGGGCGAUUUCCUGCUAGUUUUUUCAUCUCGGACAAAUCUCUUAACUUAGAGUCUCUUUAGAGGAUGCCCAAAACGUGCUCGCUCGUGUUUGGCCUCGCGUGUUCCAAAGUCACUGAAUAAAAAAGCAUGAAAAAUCUCGAUCAGUUAAAGCUUCUGUGCACGACCUGCAGAGUGAGCAGGACUCCUUCUCGGGCCUCUAACGACCCAGGUAAUCGACUUCCUCAGAAGAUGAGCCCCGGUGUGUAAGGAACUCAUUCAUUAGCUUCCGGAAAGGAUUCUCACUAAAAGGCAAAGGAUCUGACAAUUAAGGCCAUCGGAUUUCACCAGGGCCCAGAGGAGCCCUCGCCCUGCCCCUGUCAAAGCACUUUACCUACCACCGGCUGACUAGCCGGCUGGACAGACCCGCGCUGUGCCUGAGAGGGGCUGGGGGUGAAACCUGUUCAUUAAGAUGGAGACUUGCUUUGUGACUGGAGCGAGUGGGGGUCAAGGGUAGAAGUCUUGGGGCCUCUUUGAAUACAAAGCCCAUCAGCGAUCAGAGCCCCUAAAGGUCAGCCAGCUUCCUCUCACCCCUGCUCUGUCCACACAAGAGCUGGCUGCACAGCCACCAGCCGGCUCGGGGGCGGGGGGGUGGGGGGCAGUUCUCCUCAGACAGGGGGUCACUGACUGAUUAAACGAGGUGAGGCAGGUUAAGGCUCUCUGGCUUAUCCAGUUUCCUGGAGCAGCGAGCAAAGCCUUAGCAAACUACAGAAGAAAUCGCCGCAGCAGCCCCCACCCAAGGGGCAGGCCCACCUAAGCCAAGAUUCAGUUCCUCUGCCUCGUGAGAUGCAACUGAAUGACUUGUGCAGAGGGAUGAUUUAACAAGGCUUUUUAAAGGCGAGGAUAGGGUGGGGUGUGGGGGCAGGGGAAGGGGCAGGAGAGCCACCACUUGGUCAGAGUGGAUGGAGAAACGACUUGGGAGAAAAAAAGUAACUAUGAGGAAAAAGCCAUCAUGUUGGGAAAGAACAAGGUAGCCGUGAGCCUGGUGGCCUUCCCUGGACAGGCCUGUGUCCUAGAAACCCAUUCAGCCCGCCCCUUGUUAGCCUGGGCUUGGCGUGCAUGAGUUGCGAAGGGUACCUUCAAACCGGCCACGCGCUGUUUGAUCUCAAAACCCCACCCCUUCGUUCUGCACAGGUUAUUCAAGUAUUUCCAUACACCAAGCUCUAUGCCAAAGUCCAGGGCUACAAUGUCUAAAGGAAAACCAAGGAAAAAUAAGAGCCAGGGUUCCUGGUCUCAUGGAAGCUAUCCAUUAGCUUAUAAAAGAAAUGCACUGUAUCUUCCACGGAGCCGGGAGUAUACCUAACAGCAGCCUGACCACGGUAGGGCUGUAAUGACUUUGUUAUUCCUUGUCGAGUUGCUGUUUUAUAUCUGGCACUUGGCAACUGACGGAAGAUAUUCCUGAUGGUAGCAAAGAAGGAUUAGAUGGACAAAAAAAAAAAAGGAUUAGAUGGAAAAGGCACCGAGCUGAAUGCUGCAGAGAAGAAAUUCUCAGGCCCUGUGCCCUUGCCCCAUUAGUUGUUGGCCAGGCAGUCACUGGGCCUGAUUAUUGCACCCCUACCCCCAAGGCCCUUUUGGCUCCAUCAUUACCUCUCCAAGCUCAGCUAUUGAUGUCAUUACCUCUGUUUUCAGCUCAGGGGUGCACAAAAGAUAUCAGCCUUCCCACUUCACCUCAGCUUCACGAAAAGCUAAGGCCAGGAUCCUCUUUCUGCCUAAAAUGGAUUUUCUGCUCCUGUGUCAAAGACAUUCAGAAGUGGCAGCAUAGAAGGCAGAAGCCAUGCAUCUUCUCAGCUGCUCUUCUGUAACAUCCAUACCCAGCCCCACCAUGCAGAGAUCAAGCGGGGGGCGAGGGGGGGUUAUACUCUUUAAAUGGUGUUGAAAAGAAUCCUCUCCCCUAAAACUGACUCUUCCUCCCUGGUGCUGCAGUGACUGAACCCACCAUUAGAAAAUAUUUGCUUUGGCAUUGUGAUUCUCUCCCCUUGAAGGGUAACACAUUAACCUGACUCUUGGUGGGGUUAGGAUUCUCUUGGGAACAACACACAGAGCGACAGUGAAGGGCACAGAUGACAUCCCUGCUCUUCGCAGAGCCUGUCCAGAUGCCACAUAACCUAAGUACAGAAUGUCUCUGGCUGAGAUUGUGGUUUAACAGCCAUGUAAUGAGCGCCACCAAUUCAGGUCAAGCAGACGGGUGACAGGAACAUUUAGAAAGAUGGCAGUGACACUGAUGGAUCCAAGCUGUGACUGCUUAUGUGUGCAACUGUCUUUCAAUAAUUAGGGCAAUGGUGAACAUCAGUUAUGACGUGGAAAAUAAAUGGAGGAGCCUGGGUAGACUCUGAGUUGGGGAAACUGAGGUUAUACCAAGUUUCUUCGCUGCUGUCCAACUUGGAUAUUCUAAUGUGCAUGGUGCAGAGGGGUGGAGAAUAUUGCAUUUCCCAAAUGUGAGCUCAAGAAAUAUCUUACGGGAUAGUUACAGUUGAAUACGUUUGAGAACCUGCUGCUUUUGUAAGAAGGUAACAUCAUCUCAUCAUUCAUAUGCUUUAUGACACAGUGAAAUCGAAUCGAAACUUAAGCCACCAAGGCCAUUGGUCUCUCAGCUGGGCCAGCCUUGCCCCCAGCAGUCUACCAAUUCUGAGAUCCCCAUCUUCCUCCUGUACUUUCUUAAGACUCAUCUGCCUGAGAACAUGCCCUUUUCUCCACUUAGAGAAGAAAACAGAUCUUUCCCCAUAUUCGGUCUCACGGUAGAGCAGGCGGGACUCAAGAUGUAAAAUUCAAAACGUGGUGUCUGGCAAGUGAAAGCCUCCAGGCAGGAUACAAAUCCUUCUGCAGUUCUAGUGGCUCCCCAUUCUUCUCUCUCAACAAAGCUGAAGGAACACCCAAGAUUGCUGAGUGUUUAUGUUAGCAUGCAAUUGUGAAGCUGGGAGGAAUUCAGUGACCCUGCUAUCCCCAAUCUUCCCGUUCCCAUCUCUGUGAACAAGGCUCGUCAGCAUUGCUAUACAUAACAUUGAAAAGAAGAAUGGAGUUGAUACUGUACCAUGCCCAUUCUAACAGAUAAUAUUAACCUACACAGAGAUCAAAUAACUGGGGGGGGGGGGCCCUUCUUGAACUCGUCACGGGCUACACUGCCAAUGCAAUUUUACUGUGUUUAAUAAUUUACUUAAAAUGUGCAUGCUGCUUGUUUAUCGAUCAGGCUCCACCCAGAAGAAGUUUAAAAAUAUAUGGAGCCUUAGGAUGAUAUGCAACUAAACAACAUAAAAGCCAAGAAUCAUUAGGCUAAAUUUUUGAGGAGGAAGUCGAAUAAAAAUACAAAUUCAAUGAGUAAAAAAGGAAAGUGUGGCAUUUCUUACUAUUAAAAAUUGCCUUAUUUGUGUGAGUUUUUCCAAGGAUGAUCAUCAGCUAGGGUGUGUAGAGCCUCUUGGCUUAAGGGGGAAUUUAGACACCAAGAUGCAGUGUCUACAACAUGCCUGCACUUCUAUCCUUUGCAACUAUUAUGGAAAACAUUAAGCAUCAAUUCAGAAACAUAAGGGGAUAUACAGGUUUUCAAAAUUCAUGUAUGAGGUCUCUGAGCAUAAAAUUUUAAGACUGCUGACUUAGAAUUACUAGGGAUGAGUUGUAUUUGGAAAUAAGAAGACCAGCUAAAAGGGGCUUUAGCUCUUUUAAUUUUUAGACGGAAUGUAACUUAAGUGACACCUAAAUUUCUGGAGAUAAUCCUAAAAGCCUAUAUAUCCUUGCCAACAGAAAGUUAGUAGUUAGAUGAAGAAAUAUGCAGAAUUACAAAACCGGCAUUUGGAAAAUAGUGAUUUGUCUCAGGCUUUUUUCAUUCUCAAAAGAGGUUCUUCCUGAAGAGCCAGAUUCCACGGUGAUCUUGUCUCAGAAAUGUCCAUAUUUCUCAUUUUUUGAUAGGCUUUAAAAAGCUGCAUUUGUAAACUUGUGUUUCAUUAUUAAAGCUUAAUUUAUUUUUUAUAUGAAUAGUGUGUGCUGGUGUGUACAUAGAGAAUCAUGAGUCACAUAAAAUGUUGACUGUUGUUCAUGUGAAAACCAAACGGCUGUAUCACAUUUUUAAAGAAUAAAAAUUUGGUCUAAUUGAA